AUGAAAACAAUCAUCUUAUUCUCACUUGCAUUAGUCAUCUUGGCAGCCAAUGCAGCUCGAGCUCCUGCUCCCGUGCUCGAUAUUCAUGGAAAAUACCUCCACACAAAGGCCAAAUACAUAGCUAAUCUGUUAGUUGGUAGAUCAGACGGUGCGCUCUACGCGUUGAACUUCGGGAAAAAGUCUUGCUCACUUGGAGUUGGAGUAAUCUAUAAUGAAGAGGAGGGUUACCCGCUGAUUUUCACUCCCGUCAACCCCAAGAAAGGCGUGAUCCAUCUUUCAACAGAUGUUAACAUAAAGUUCUCAGCCUCCAACGAUUGUAACGAGUCAAGCGUAUGGAGGGUGAAAUAUGAUAAAGGUAUGAAGCAAAAUGUUGUGAUGGUGGGAGGUGUAGAAGGGAACCCGGGGCCAAAAACAUUGGAGAACUGGUUUAAGAUUGAGAAAACUAAAGACGGUUAUAAGCUUGUUUUCUGCCCGAGUGUUUGCAGCUACUGUAAGGUUACGUGCAAGGAUGUUGGAAUAGUUAAAGACAAAGAUGGUUGGCUGCAUUUGGCACUCAGCAACGAACCGUUGUCUGUCACCUUCUACCGUACUUACUAG